AGCUGCAUUAAAACAGAAUAAGGAUUUAUUGGGAUAUAACUUAGCGGCACUUAAAUAUAUUAAACGUGUUUGGGAAAACAAUAAUACACCAGAAUUCUUUGAUGAUAUACCUAAGAAUGAUGAAAUAG